GGACGUCACACAUCUCUCUCUCUCUCUUUCUCUUUCUCUCUCUCUCUCCUUUCCUCACCUUGCCCUUCUCGUUUUUUUGUUCUACCAGAGCAUCUCUCUCGUUCUGCUCUCUCCCUCUCUCUCCCUCUCUUCACCGCCCACUCCACUCACCGCCGCCUCGCCGGCUUCUUCGCCUCACCACAUCGCCCGCUGCCCCUUUUUCUGCAUUUUUUUAAGGGAGAAGAAACCGCACAUUUUGCACCGAAAAAAUAAUAAUAAUAGAAAGAUCAACAUGGCGAGCACCGAGGAUAAACCGACCAACAAGGAGAACACGUCCAGCUGGAAGGACUCCAUCUACAACCCGAGGACCAAGGAGCUGAUGGGUCGCACGGCCAGCAGCUGGGGCCUCAUCCUGUUGUUCUACCUGGUUUUCUACUGUUUCUUGGCUGGUAUGUUCGCCCUGACCAUGUGGGUGCUGCUGCUCACUCUGGAUGACUAUGUGCCAAAGUACAGAGACCGCGUCCCCUAUCCAGGAUUGAUGAUUCGCCCAAAUUCACUGGAUAUCAUAUUUAACAAAUCUGACACGUUAAAGUAUGAACAGUAUGUCAAAACCUUGGAGUCCUUUUUGCAAAGAUAUAACGAUACAGAGCAGGAGAAGAACAAGGACUGCAUACAGGGAGAGUAUUUUGAGCAGAACAACAACGAGGAAAUGACAAAGGAAGCUUGUCGCUUCAAGAGGAGCCUCCUGAGUCUCUGCUCCGGCCUCUCUGACACCAACUUUGGCUAUUCUGAGGGAAAACCUUGUGUGCUGCUGAAAAUGAACAGGAUCAUCGGCCUGAAGCCCCGUGGGGAUCCCUACAUCAACUGCACAGUAAAAAGAGAGACCCCAAUCCAAAUGCAGUAUUUCCCCAGUGAGGGGCGUAUUGAUAAGAUGUAUUUCCCCUACUACGGCAAGAAAGCCCAUGAGAGUUACGUGCAGCCCCUGGUGGCUGUGAAGCUGCUGCUCACCAAGGAGGACUUCAACAAGGAGCUGUCAGUGGAGUGCAGGGUAGAGGGCUCUGACCUUCGCAACAACGACGAAAGGGACAAGUUCCUGGGCCGCAUCACCUUCAGGAUCAAGGUUGUCGAGUAAAAUAGAAGACGGCGGUAUAAAGGAAACCUGAUGCAGAGGCUGCCAACGUUCGCUAAGGAUUUAUGUUUAAAAAUCUGGAAAAAAAAAACAAAAAAGAGAGGAAGGAAGUGUCAAAUACGUCACAAAGACGCUAUAUAUUAUUGGGGUGUGGCCAAACUGUUUGAUGCAGAUUGGUUUGGUUUCCAGUAGGACAGCCAGUUAGAUGCAGAAAUGUAAUGUUGCUUUGAUGACAUUUCUGACCCUUCUUUCCUUCAUGAUUCCUUGCUGACCUCCUCAAAGAUUCCAAGAACAAGAAAAAGGCUCUGCUCCUCUGACCCCAUCCAUCCACCCUUCAUUCACCUGUUGCACUGUUCAUUCCUCACACAGUUAAUCUUUUUUAUUUUAUUUUUAGCAUUGAUGUGAUUAGAUAAUUUAUAGCCAUUGCAACCAAGCCAUUUGGAGCUGUUGUGUAAUUGCUGAAACAACUUUUUUUUAAUGUUUUUUAGAGUGUUGUUUUCAUCUCUCCAAGCUGUAUGAACGACUGUGUUAGCGCUGGUGUUGAGAGGAUUUUUAUCUUGCUGUAUAGUACAAUUGAGAAAGUGACAUUUCCGACAUAUCUCCAGAGUAUUCAUAUUAUCACAUCACAAAGACUUCAUAGGAACGUACCUUGAUAAUCAAGUAUAGCCACUGUAUCCCUGUAUAUGAAAUGCCAAUUACAAAGUCCCUUUCUACAUUUAAAUACAUUGUGAUCCUUACCAUAUUUAGGGAAUUAUAGAUAGAUCUUUGUGUUGUGGUCCACGUAGCCACAACCCAGUCUUGUGCCGUCUGUCUGUCUGUCUGCAUGUCCGUCUGUCUGUCUGCUCGUCUUCCUGUUGUCUCACCUCUCCACUGCAAUAGCCAAUAUUGUGGGUGAGCCCUCCAGGACUAGAUAAGUUGUCUCGCUCCACCUCGCGAGGGUGCUGCGUAUUGAUGGUGGCUGAGGCGACACACUCUCACACACACACACACACACACACACACACGUACACAGAAGGUACAGUGUAAGAACUGCUGUUAAGGCGGAGAGGCACUGGAGAAACGUUGCAAAAAUAAAAAGUUCACUGUAACUAUGUACUGUAUAUCUUUACGUGAUCUGUAUAUCUAUCUGGGUCUCAAAGAUUGUUUGUUAGUUUUCUCUCUUCUUCAGCCUGUUGAUCUGAUUGUCUGCCAAUCUAUUACUCUUCAAUGUAUAUAUAUACACUAUCUACCAUAUUUACUUAAUUCACACUGUAUUUUUGUCACAAAACACAAUGUCUGUGCACUGUAAAGAAAUAAUUUAAGCAAAGAUUUACAGGAAAUUAUCUUAUUCAAAGCUAUGUUUACACAGUCUUAAAAGGAACCCGCAUUUGAAAGAACAACUUGUAACAUCUCUUCAGGGUGCCUUAAGACCUGAUGAAAUAAAUUGUGGAAUAAAAGUGAUUUUGAAGAAAAAAA